GUGGCGCGCCCUCUUGCGGCGGUAUACGUCAAGCGCGCGGUACAAUCAAAAUGGCGACGCCCAAAGGAAAGUCACCGACGUUUUCGCGCAUGGAAAAACACCGCAAUUUGUACAAAAAUACAAGUCCCCAAUGGCGAGAUAGUUACAGACGGCGAUGUUUUGACAGACUCAGGAGCAGCCGAGAAAACCUCCUUCAGAAGUUCCGUGGCAAUGAAGCUGCUGCAGAUGGAGGCAGCCCAGGCCGAGGGUCUGUGGUCAGUGAGUUGAUGGCAGAAGAAUGGAAGCUAAUGCAAUGGGAACAAAGACAGGCAAGAGUGGAGAUGAAACUGACUCAUGGACAAAUGGAUGAUGAUCUUCUUGAAGACUUGAAUAACGAUGUGGUUAUGUCCCUUGUGGAAGAAAUCCAGAGAGAGUUAAUGGCAGAAGAGAAUGCCAUCAUAGCAGAAUAUGAAGCCAGCUUGCAAUUGGCUGAAGCCUCAUUGAGUGCAACGGUGGAACAGCUGGACAUAGAUGAACUGAGCUGUCCCAUUUGCAAAAGAAAUCCCCUGAUGUUGAGUAAAGGAGUGAUCUUCUGUGCAUGUGGCAUAAGGAUAAAUACUGAACAAGACUGCAUCACACUAGCUAAUGUCAGACAGCAGUUAGAGAAUGGAGUUGGGCAGCACAGUGCACUUUGUCAUGGCCAGCCUGUCUUCACUGUUACUGAUGCUUUCAAUGCACAGAACCUGGUGUUAUCAUGUCAGACGUGUGACUUCCUUUACAUUGUGAUCUGAGAUUUCUUCACUCCACCUGGACUGAUCUGAUUUGGGCCUUCCAUUCUCUUCUGAAAACCAUUGCCAAGGUGCAAAGCCUUAGUAAACCUUAUUUUUUUAGUACAUGAAAUCAAGGGGAAAAUGACCAGACUUAAUACCAAGGAGGAAGAAAUGAAGUAUAUGUUUAGUAUCGUCGACUUUGUGUCUCAGACCAUGUAAUAGUAAACUUUUUUGGUCAAUAUUAAAAAUAUUUAUAUAUAUAUUUAUUUUGAUAUGUGUUUGUGUUUCUAUCUAAAUUUGCACGUGUAAAUAUCUGUAUGUGUAAACCAUUCCUAACGUUUCUCUCUUCACUUGUUGGAAAUGGCCAAAUGUUCUAUUGUUUUUAAUAAUGUGCCUGGUGUUUAUCUUUAAUAGUCUUGUUCUAAUCUCUUUUGUAGGGUAACUGAUUUUCCUCUUAAACAUUUCCCUGGAAAACUGAAUUGAAUAAAUAAAAAUUCAUUUUUCUUUUGAGAUAACGUUCAGGGUUUUUUUUAAACCGCAUAACCAUGUGCACCUAAAGACAUUAAAAAAGGGGGAAAAUUAUUUAAUUUCUGUUCACUUUUUAAUUCUAAGGAUUAUUACUCUUUAAUACAUAGGGCAGUCACUAGUGAUCGCCCAAAGGGUAAUAGUUUGACAGAAACUUUGUUCAGUCAUUUCCGUUUCACAUCAAUCACAUUCACAUAACAUACAUGAUAAGGCAGGUAACAAGUUUCUUAGUUUUUGUAGUUGAAACAGAAUGUAUGAUUUAUUGAAAAGGAAAAUCAUAUCGAAGAGGGAAAAUCAGUGGCCUUACUUCUGCAUAAGAUAGGAUCACACUCAUUUAUUUGGACAUAUUUUUAAAGUGUAUCUGUCGUUGAAAGUUAAGUUAUUAAAUUAAAACAAAUCUUAUACAAAUAUUA